UUUAUCACACACACACACCCCCACACCCAAACCGCCUCCUAUAAAUACUCUGGAUCUGUUUUCAUGGCGAUUGCUUAUAAUCACUCCUUUCUAAAUUAUCGCUUCGAAUUACAAACAUCGAUUCAUAGACUAAUCGCUGAAGAACUGAAGAAGAAGCUUCGGAAAAUGUCUCCAUCGUCUUCUCGCAAUGCUUUCGCCAUUAUCGCUAUUCUGUUUCUGUUAUUGUCAACUGGGUUUAGUAGAGAACUGAUGAAAUCUACAACGAUUGGCGAUAGUUUUGCGUCUCCUCCCUCUCCGAUUGAGGAAAGUGAAGGAACAACAAGAGUGAUGAUAGAGUUGGAUUAUGAAGAUGCGGGUCCAAACACCAACAAACGAUCUGGAUUUAUUUUGCCUUCACCUGAUUCUGUAGCACCAACACCUCAACCCUAAAAUAUGUUUUACGUUUCUUGGUUUUUCUUUUUUAUCAACAUUUACAAC